CUGGCCGGGUCGGGCAGGCCGAACUGCAGCUAAUCGGGCCAUGGCGGCCGAGGCGCGCGUGUCGCGCUGGUACUUCGGAGGACUGGCCUCCUGCGGGGCCGCCUGCUGCACACACCCGCUGGACCUGCUCAAGGUGCACCUGCAGACACAGCAGGAGGUGAAACUGCGCAUGACAGGCAUGGCGCUGCAGGUGGUGCGCUCUGACGGUGUCCUGGCACUCUACAACGGCCUGAGCGCCUCGCUCUGCAGACAGAUGACCUACUCCCUGACGCGAUUUGCCAUCUAUGAGACAGCGCGGGACCACCUGGCCAGGGGCAGCCAGGGGCCUCUCCCCUUCUCCACCAAGGUGCUCCUGGGCGGCUUCAGUGGUUUAACCGGAGGCUUUGUGGGGACCCCCGCGGAUUUGGUCAAUGUCAGGAUGCAGAACGACAUGAAGCUGCCCUCGAAUCAGCGGCGCAACUAUGCCCAUGCCCUGGAUGGCCUGUACCGUGUGGCGCGUGAAGAGGGUCUGAGGAAGCUGUUCUCCGGCGCGACGAUGGCCUCUAGCCGCGGGGCCCUCGUCACCGUGGGUCAGCUGUCCUGCUAUGACCAGGCCAAGCAGCUGGUCCUCAGCACCGGGUACCUGUCUGACAACACCUUCACCCACUUCAUCGCCAGCUUCAUUGCGGGUGGAUGUGCCACGUUCCUGUGCCAGCCCCUGGACGUGCUGAAAACCCGCCUGAUGAACUCCAAGGGGGAGUAUCAGGGUGUUUUCCACUGUGCUGUGGAGACCGCGAAGCUUGGACCACUGGCCUUUUACAAGGGGGCUGUAGUUUUGGUGUCCUCAGAGGUAGUGCCCCUCCGAGACCUGCUGCAGGGAAAGGAGCCCAGAUGCCAGAUCACCGGCCAGUUCCAGGAUGCCAGCCCUGGUGCCCCAGGCCCUCCCCACACCCAGCUCCAGCCGCUUUACUGGUCAGUUUUGCCAAAACCUCUCAGUACCAACAGGCCGCUGCUACCUUCAGGGGUUAGCCCAAGCCCACCUGCGCCUUCCCCUGCUGGCAGCCUGGAGACAGGCCCCCACUGGCAGAGAGGGGGCAGCUGGGACAUCCAUGUGCUGCAGAGUGUCCUCCAGGACUUUCUUCCCUGUAUGGCAGGUGGUCACUCGCCAGAGCCCCCCAGUAGCCAAAAACCCUCACCAAAGCUGCCUGUUUCCCCCCAGUGGGGUUGGGCACCGGUCUGCCUCCCUGGUCCCUUGGCACUGGGCCCGGGAUGGGGCUAGUGGAUCCAGGGGUGCCGUGGCGCAGCUCUGCAGGGGCCUAAUAAAUGACAGAGACCUGC